AUGCUCGGCUCACUGGCGCUAAUCGGCCCGAGCGGUCAACUGGCCGGCGUCGCGGCCGGGAUCGCCUCCUCUCUACCCGAUUCGCAGACUUCUCCGGACACGGCUGCUCUGCUGGCUCAGGCCGCCGUGGUGGCCGCUGCCAAAGGGGCUGUGGUACGUCUCUCGGUGGCGCCCGAUAAGAUCGCGCCCGCACUCAGCUCCUGGGAGAUGGGCAGUGGCGAUGUCGAAGGGACUGCUGACUCUGUGUGCACAAGAUCUCUGGGUUCGUGUGCCGAAGGUGAACAUCCCGAGGGCACCGCGAAACGAGGCAGUCAGGACAGUGCUCGCAGUCGUAGCUCGAACGCCUCUUUCACCACCGGUACUGUCGCCCUGGCAUCACUGAUCGCGGGCGCAGGACCUUUGGGCGCCUCGUUUGUGCCGGCCGAGUAUGACACCACUCUGGUGCCCUCCACCAGCUGCCUGCCUCCCGACAUGCAAGCACCCACACAUUUUGCUGCUCCUGCCGCCGGAAUUGCAGGUACGGGGCAGAUUUAA